UGUCACCUGUCUGUCACCUGCGAACCCCACCAGUGGCCUGUAGGGCGUCAUCUGAAACGACAAGAAUUGCAGCUGGUUGUUUGAAGGUUUGGAUUCCGAGAACGGACACACAGGUCAAGCAAUGCCGGCCGCAACGCUGUACUACUUCCCGCUGAGCCCACCGUGUCGUUCCGUGUUGCUGUUGGUUAAGGAACUCGGUCUGACCGUGAACCUGAAGGAAGUGAACUCGUUGACCGGUGAAACGCGCACCGAGGAGUUUAUGCGCAUGAAUCCGGAGCACUGCGUGCCUACGCUGGACGACAACGGGUUCCACCUGUGGGAGUCGCGCGCCAUCCUCUCCUAUCUGGUCGACGCGUACCGGCCCGGCCACGAUCUGUACCCGAACAUACCGCGCGAAAAAGCCCAAAUCAAUCGCGUACUGUACCACGAUCUGGGCGCGUUCUUUCCGAAGUUCUUCGGUACCAUCGGCAAGCUCUUCACUGGUGCGGCCACCGAGCUGUCCGAGGAGAUGAUAACGAGUGCCCGGAACGCGCUGACCGAUCUGGAGAACUACCUCAUCCGGAAUGAUUUCUUCGCGGGCGAGAAGAUCACCAUCGCCGACCUAACCCUUCUGCCCACCGUCUGCUCCGCGGUGCACUGUGGACUGGAUUUGACAAAGUACCAGCGCCUGCACGGGUGGUACGAGACGUGCCGCAAGGAAGUGAAGGGCUUCCCGGAGGACGAAGCCUUAGCGAUCCAGCUCGGAGAGCUCUUCCGCAGCAAGGUGCCCGCAGGACUUGCGGCGUUGAACUAGCGAGUCCCCUCCCUACCUCCCUCUUCAUCACUCUCUCUCGCUCUCUCCAAAGUCGUUGAUGACGUGACGCCAGCGGGCGGCGAGAUAAGGCGUGCUCCAAGUAUUAACCCUUCUGUCUUUUCUUGGCCGCGAGCUUCAAGGCGGAGUUGCAUAAUCGACGGUGACGCGAAGGGGACGCGAAUUGAGUCACGGCACCGAGGGGUGCUGAUGCACCCCCGGUUGAUAAAACAAUAUAAAGAUA